AUGGACAACAGUCUUCUCAAGCAGAUUGAGAAUGGCAGGAAACUCAAGAAGGCUGUUACAAAUGAUCGGUCCGCUCCUAUUGUAGAUGCAAAAGCUGCUGCAGCUGCAGUUUCAGCAAUACCAAUGGGUAGACCUGGAGGGGGAGGAGGAGGCGGUGGUGGAGGAGGUGGAGGAGGCGGUGGAGGAGGUGGCGGCGGAGGAGGAGGAGGUCCAACUGCUCCACAAUUAGGAGGACUCUUUGCAGGUGGAAUGCCAACAUUGAAAAAAGCUGGUGGAGCUGCUUUAGGUCGAGUUGAAACACCAUCAUUUACACCACCGCCAGCAGCGCCAAGGCCUUCACCACAACCAACAUCAAAUGGUCCGCCACCACCACCAAGAAUGCCAACAUCGAAUGCUGGACCACCACCAAUAGCACCCAGAGCACCUCCAGCUCCCACACCACCACAACCACCAGCGCGUUCAUCACCAGGUCCGUCUAUUCCAUCAAGACCCUCAACGGGUGCACCAUCACCUCCAGUACCGUCUGGAUUUGCCACUGUAAGAGGAAGCGCUCCUCCACCACCUGUUAGAUCAGCGCCUCCACCCCCACCUCGUGCUUCGGUGGCAGCACCAGAUAACAUAUCAAUACCAGCACGACCAGGCGCUGGAAUGCCCCGGUCUGUAUCAGGGCCAGUGACGAGUCCACCAUCAGGACCACAAUAUGAAUAUGAAAUGAAUGGACGAUGGAAGUUUAGAACAGAUCUACCAGCUCCGAGAAGUUGGCCCUCAGGAGCUCCUGCUGGUAGUUAUGAUAAUCAUGGUAGUAGUGGUGGAUAUGGGAAUGGCAAUGCCAGGAGUCCCAUGGGACCACCUCCAACAGCACCACGAGGAGGAAAAGUCGCGCCUCCAUCAUCUGGUGGUGGUAACAGUAAAGAUGUAUCUAGAUUUGUGGAUGAGUCCUUAUUGCGUCUGCAGAAUGGGUUGGAUCAAGCUAUUGCUAGGAAAGAGUUUGGGAAGUGUGCUGAUUUACAGUCUAGAAUCGAGGCAGUAGAAAAGUUAAGAGAUUCUCUAUCAUCUGGAUAUGAUGUCUCUGCAGAGUAUAGAAAAGUGCAAGACAUGGUUCGAGGAUAUGUAUGA